UCUAGUUGCCAUGUCUCUGCCAGUGGUUUAUAGACGGCAAUCUGUACAGUCUACAACACUUGCGUAUGGGGCGAAAGAAAGCGUUCGCCCAUCUAUAUGACAUCAGAACAUCACACACGAUGGCAGGAAUGGAAGAAGAAGAUGUGCUGGAUGAUCCACAUUUAAACGUAUCAAUAGUCUUUCCACCUGAAGUUCAGACAGCAAUUGACCAGGUGCUUCCAAGCAAUGAUCCUUUAGACCGACCAGAUUUCAAUGCAGUCGAAUACAUCAACUCGCUGUUUCCCACAGAACAAUCACUAGCAAACAUCGAUGAUGUUGUCAGUAAAAUGAGAUACAAGAUAAGGCAUUUAGACGAUGAAAUUAGGACAGUCGUUCGUGGGCAAACAAACGUGAGUGAAGAUGGUCACAGGGCUCUGGAGGAGGCACAGAAAGCUAUACAGGAACUGUUCACUAAGAUCAAAGAUAUCAAGGAUAAGGCUGAGAAGAGUGAACAAAUGGUUAAGGAGAUAACAAGAGAUAUUAAGCAGCUGGAUCAUGCCAAGCGCCAUCUAACAUGCUCUAUCACAACUCUGAAUCACCUGCACAUGUUAGUCGGUGGUGUGAGCUCACUAGAGCAGCUGACGCGACGGAGGCAAUAUGGAGAGGUUGCCAUGCUGCUGCAAGGCGUUCUCAACGUGUUGCAGCAUUUUAGCAAAUACAUGACCAUCCAACAGAUCAGACAUCUAGCUGACAGAGUGCAUCAGAUAAAGCAGGAUCUUGGAAAUCAGAUCGUGGGUGACUUUGAGGAAGCAUUCUCGGGUCCUGCCGCUAAGCAUUUUACCCCAAAUAACCAGUUGGCAGAAGCAUGCUUAGUCCUGAACGUGCUGGAUCCAAAAAUCAAAAAAGAUCUGUUGAAGUGGUUUGUGCGUCUGCAACUGUCAGAAUAUCUCGUUCUGUUUCAAGAGAAUCAAGAUGUGGCAUGGUUGGACAAAAUUGAUAGGCGCUACGCGUGGAUUAAACGUACCCUGGUUGAGUUUGAGGAGAAAUUCGGCAGGAUGUUUCCAUGCAAUUGGUUUAUAAGUGAGCGCAUAGCUGUUGAAUUCUGCGAAAUUACCAGGAAAGAGUUAUCAAAUAUCUCGGCUGCAAGAGUGUCAGAAAUCGAUGUGAAACUGCUGCUGUUUGCCAUUCAGAGAACGACCAACUUUGAGAUUCUUCUUGGCAAAAGGUUUAGUGGUUCCACAUUGCAACCAGCAGGACAGGUUUCGCCAGUGUUGAGCCCCGGUACUCCCGACUCAACAAACCCAUUUGGAGAGGAUGCGGAUCGAGAUUCUCUUGGCCUGGAUGCAAAACGUUCUGCCGGUAGCAUGCAGCAGUUGCUAGAUAAGACAUCUGCUCUUUCUGGUCAGCCGAUGUUAGCUCUUGCUUACAUUCAAAAGUAUCUCAAAGAGUAUGCAAUUAGGCUCUCAGCAAUAAUCUACCAAAGUACGCUGUCUGUACCGACCAGCAUCAGUGGCGGUGGCAUCAAGGAGCUUCAGACGAUGGUGUCCACGCUACUGAAGGAGGGAGACGUGCCAAAGUACACGCCGGAAGAGCAGCGACGCACAUGCGUAAUCCUCAGUACGUCCGAGUACUGCCUCGAGACAACACAGCAGUUGGAAGAGAAACUGAAGGAGAAGAUAAAUGCAGAUCUAGCCGAAAAUAUCAGCUUCAACUCGGAACAGGACAUCUUUCACACUGUGAUAUCAAACUGCAUACAGCUGCUAGUGCAGGAUUUGGAAGGAGCCUGUGAUCCCGCUCUGACUGCCAUGAGCAAGAUCAACUGGCUCCAUGUUGACACUGUGGGGGAUCAGAGUGGCUACGUGACUGCGAUUACAUCCCAUAUCAACAAAAACCUGCCUCUCAUACGUGACAACCUGGCCUCGUCUCGCAAAUAUUUUACCCAGUUCUGUGUUAAGUUUGCAAAUUCGUUCAUUCCGAAGUUCAUUAAUCAGCUGCACAAGUGUAAGCCGGUGAGCACAGUGGGAGCCGAGCAGCUGCUACUAGACACACACUCGCUGAAGACUGUGCUGCUCGACCUGCCCUCUAUUGGCUCGUCGGUCGCCCGCAAAGCUCCCGCCAGCUACACAAAGAUCGUUGUCAAGGGCAUGACGAAGGCUGAGAUGAUAUUAAAGGUUGUGAUGUCGCCGCACGAACCGCCGCAGGGCUUCGUUGAUAACUACAUCAAGCUGCUGCCGGAGAGUGACAUGACCGACUUCCAACGUAUCCUAGAGAUGAAGGGUUUGAAGAGAGGCGAACAGAGCAUGAUGCUGGACAUUUUCCGAGCGCAGCUUCCAAAGCCGCACCAGGCAGCCGAGGUCAGCAGUGCAAUGAGCAUAACCAGCGUGGCAGCUACACCCGAGCAGGAGUCCAGUCGCAUCAAGAAACUAGAAAAACUCAUAAAGAAACGACUCUAGAUAUAUGGUCAUUGUGGCAUCGCGCGGUGCAUGGGUGCAUGUACAGUUAUCAUUGGGUUCCAGGGGUCAGAGUUGAGUGCAUGAGAUCAGAGGUGGUGAUGACAUAUACCCUCUGCUAUUCUCUAGCUUCCUACACCUAGAUUAUAAAAUGAAUCUUGCAUCAGUAAAUGGUAUAUCAUAGGUUUGGCUCUCAUAAUGUUGAAUGUACAAAAGAAGUCAUUAAUUUCAUUAAUAUGGCAAUGUCUGAUGCCUCUCUACAUUAUGAAACAGACCUGCUUUGAAUAAGCUUUCAGCCUUUUAAAUAUAAUCUCCUAUAGUUAACAGUUACUACCUGGAACACAAUAUGCUAUGACUUUGUGAUAUUAUUAUUAUUAUUAUUAUUAAAUCUUUAUUGCAUGUAAUUCAUAUACAAGUACACGUACUGAAGUACAUAUUAUGAUACUCGUCACGUAUUGUAAUCGCAAAUUUACUGACACCACGAGUCUCCAUGUCUACAGAUUGUUCUCGUGGUAUUGUGAUUCAAGCUGCUAAAUUUAUUAUGCUUUGAUUGUUUUCGCGUUUAUAUACUAUGUGUGGAGCAAAGCAAUAAUUUGAUUUGCACAUCCACACUACAUUCACAAUAAAGUUAUGCAUGGGUGUAAUUAAGAUUGUAAUAUAGUAAAAUAUGACAGAUCAAACUAAUUACUGGGAAUGUAAUCUAGGUGUCUAUUCAUAGAAAUAUGCACUUGUCUGUACCAGCUGGUUUCCAUCUUCUAGAUAAAUGUUUUAGUGUUAUUGGUGUUCAAAUUGCAAACACUACCAGCACAAUGCGCCACUGAUAUAUGUGACUGUAAUGAAUAGCGUAUUAAACUGUACAGCUGUAAUAAUUU